AGGCGCGCGGUGCCGUUAGGUCUGGGCAGGCGAUGGCGGCACGGGCGCUGAGGCUGCUGACCACACUGCUGCUGGCUGUCGCCGCCGCUGCCUCCCAGGCCGAGGUCGAGUCCGAGGCGGCAUGGGACAUGGCAGCGCCCGACCUGCUCUUCUCCGAAGGGACCGCGGCCUACGCGCGCGGGGACUGGGCCGGGGUGGUCCUGAGCAUGGAGCGGGCGCUGCGCUCGCGGGCCGCCCUGCGCGCCCUCCGCCUGCGCUGCCGCACGCAGUGUGCCGCCGACCUCCCGUGGGAGCUGGACCUAGACUCGGCCCCGAGCCUGGCGGCGCAGACCCCGGCCGCCGCAGCCCUGCACGACCUGCGCUUCUUCGGGGGCUUGCUGCGCCGCGCCGCCUGCCUGCGCCGCUGCCUGGGGCCGCCGGCCGCCCACUCGCUGAGCGAGGAGCUGGAGCUGGAGUUCCGUAAGCGGAGCCCCUAUAACUACCUGCAAGUCGCUUACUUCAAGAUAAACAAGCUGGAAAAAGCCGUGGCAGCAGCACAUACCUUCUUUGUGGGCAACCCCGAGCACCUGGAGAUGCGGCAGAACCUGGACUAUUACCAGACCAUGUCUGGAGUGAAGGAAGAGGACUUCAGGGACCUUGAGGCCCAACCCCACAUGCAUGAGUUCCGGCUGGGUGUGCGCCUCUACUCAGAGGAGCAGCCGCAGGAAGCCGUGCCCCACCUGGAGGCAGCACUGCAGGAGUACUUCGUGGCCCACGAGGAGUGCCGGGCUCUCUGCGAGGGCCCCUAUGACUACGACGGCUACAACUACCUGGACUACAACGCUGACCUCUUCCAGGCCAUCACAGAUCAUUACAUCCAGGUCCUCAGCUGCAAGCAGAACUGUGUCACCGAGCUUGCUUCCCACCCAAGCAGAGAAAAGCCCUUUGAAGACUUCCUUCCAUCACAUUAUAAUUAUCUGCAGUUUGCCUAUUAUAACAUUGGGAACUACACUCAGGCUAUAGAAUGUGCCAAGACCUACCUCCUCUUCUUCCCCAGCGAUGAGGUGAUGACCCAGAAUCUGGCCUACUACACAGCCAUGCUUGGAGAGGAACGAGCCAGAUCCAUCAACCCCCGGGAGAGUGCCCGGGAGUACCGACAGCGCAGCCUGCUGGAAAAGGAGCUGCUCUUCUUUGCCUAUGAUGUGUUUGGAAUUCCCUUCGUGGAUCCGGAUUCGUGGACUCCAGAAGAGGUGAUUCCCAAGAGGUUGCAAGAGAAACAGAAGUCCGAACGGGAGACAGCUGUGCGCAUCUCCCAGGAGAUUGGAAACCUCAUGAAGGAGAUUGAGACCCUGGUAGAAGAGAAGACCAAGGAGUCGCUGGAUGUGAGCAGGCUGACUCGGGAAGGUGGACCCCUGCUCUACGAAGGCGUUAGUCUCACCAUGAAUUCCAAGGUCUUGAAUGGGUCCCAGCGGGUGGUGAUGGAUGGCCUCAUCUCUGAUGACGAGUGUCGGGAGCUACAGAGACUGACCAAUGCAGCAGCAACCUCGGGAGAUGGCUACCGGGGGCAGACUUCCCCGCACACUCCCAACGAGAAGUUCUAUGGCGUCACUGUCUUCAAAGCCCUCAAGCUGGGGCAGGAAGGGAAGGUCCCUCUGCAGAGCGCACACCUGUACUACAACGUGACGGAGAAGGUACGGCGCGUCAUGGAGUCCUACUUCCGCCUGGACACCCCCCUCUACUUCUCCUACUCACACCUGGUGUGCCGCACUGCCAUCGAAGAGACACAGGCCGAAAGGAAGGACAGUAGCCAUCCAGUGCACGUGGACAACUGCAUCCUGAAUGCCGAGACCCUCGUGUGUGUCAAGGAGCCCCCUGCCUACACCUUCCGGGACUACAGCGCCAUCCUUUACCUGAACGGGGACUUUGAUGGAGGGAACUUUUAUUUCACUGAACUGGAUGCCAAGACGGUGACGGCGGAGGUGCAGCCCAAGUGCGGCAGAGCUGUGGGAUUCUCUUCAGGCACAGAGAAUCCACACGGAGUGAAGGCCGUCACCAGGGGGCAACGCUGUGCCAUCGCCCUGUGGUUCACCCUGGACCCCCGACACAGUGAGCGGGACAGGGUGCAGGCCGACGACCUGGUGAAGAUGCUCUUCAGCCCAGAAGAUAUGGACCUGCCCCAGGAGCAGCCUGUGGGCGCCCAGCAGGGUCCCACACAACCUCAACAAGACUUUCUGCACGGUGCUGUUGCUCUUGGAGUGGACACAGCAGGACACUGCUUCCCGCUGGGCUGGCUGGUGGCUCAGGAUGCAGACUCGACACAACCCAGGCAGCCUGCACAGGGAGCUACCGGACAGCAGGAUAGUAUUUAAGUGUCUGUAUAGACAGCCAAAGAAUAAAGGAUUCGUGGGUUUUUUUGGACUUGGUGGUUUGUUCAGUGAUAGGAAAUCAGCCCCAUCUGUCCGGGAGGCCUCGGCUGAUGGGAGUUCAUUCGGGCAGGAUGCAGUGGCAGGGUCCGUACACA